UUGACAAUUGCCAAAUCAGCCCGACUGGCCCUUCUGUUAGAAAUUCCUUAUAAAAUCUAAUUUAAUUCGAUUUUCUGAAUGAGUGUCUAACUAGAUUGUAGGAUUUCACUUAUGUGCAUAGUCUUAGGUCACUGCAUGUCUUCCUGAUCUAAGACAUGGCGACGUAUGAGGAGUUUAUUCAGCAAAACGAAGACCGGGAUGGCAUACGGUUCACCUGGAAUGUGUGGCCGUCGAGCAGGAUCGAGGCAACGCGGCUUGUCGUGCCCCUGGCCUGUUUGUACCAGCCACUGAAAGAACGGCCAGAUCUGCCCCCAAUUCAGUAUGAGCCGGUUCUAUGCACACGGAACACCUGCCGCGCUGUACUAAACCCUAUGUGCCAGGUCGAUUAUAGAGCCAAAUUGUGGGUGUGCAACUUCUGUUUCCAGAGGAAUCCUUUUCCCCCACAAUAUGCAGCCAUAUCAGAACAGCACCAACCCGCUGAGCUCAUUCCAAACUUCUCAACCAUCGAAUACACAAUCACACGCGCUCAGACCAUGCCUCCGAUUUACCUGCUGGUGGUCGACACUUGUAUGGAUGAAGAGGAACUGGGAGCCUUAAAGGAUUCCCUACAGACCUCACUCAGUUUGAUGCCGCAGAAUGCACUGGUCGGUCUUAUUACAUUUGGCCGUAUGGUACAGAUUCAUGAAUUAGGUACAGAAGGCAUAUCGAAGUGCUAUGUUUUCAAAGGAACCAAAGAUUUGACCGCUAAGCAAAUUCAAGAGCAGCUGGCGAUCGGCCGCGUCAACGCGCCCAACACCCAACAACGACCUGGCACCCAGGCGCCCACGCCCCCAGCCCACCGCUUCCUCCAACCAGUCCAGCAAUGCGACAUGGCCUUGACUGACUUGCUCGGAGAGCUCGGCCGGGAUCCUUGGCCUCUAGGUGUAGGCAAGCGACCAUUGAGAAGCAGCGGAGUUGCUCUCUCAUUGGCUGUUGGAUUAUUAGAAGUGACUUAUCCUAACACUGGAGCUAGAAUCAUGAUGUUCCUCGGAGGCCCAUGCUCCCAAGGUCCCGGUCAGGUGGUCAAUGACGAGCUGAAGCAGCCUAUCCGCUCGCAUCACGACAUUCACAAAGAUAACGCCAAGUACAUGAAGAAGGCUAUCAAGCAUUACGAGGCGCUGUCUUUCCGAUCGGCAACGAAUGGCCACUCGAUCGACAUUUAUUCGUGCGCGCUGGAUCAGACUGGGCUGAUGGAAAUGAAACAGUGUUGCAAUUCAACUGGUGGGCAUAUGGUGAUGGGUGACUCAUUCAACUCCUCACUCUUCAAGCAAACCUUCCAACGCGUUUUUGCAAAAGACGAGAAGAAUGACUUCAAAAUGGCUUUCAAUGGCACUUUAGAAGUCAAGUGCAGCCGGGAAUUAAAAAUAAGCGGCGCCAUCGGUUCUUGCGUGUCGCUGAACGUGAAAGGGCCCUGCGUGUCCGACCAAGAAGUAGGCAUGGGCAACACAAGCCAGUGGAAACUGUGCACCUUCACUCCUAGCACCACCAUGGCCAUCUUUUUUGAGGUGGUGAACCAGCACGCAGCGCCAGUGCCUCAAGGUGGACGCGGCUGUGUGCAGCUCAUCACGCAGUAUCAGCAUUCGAGUGGGCAGCGUCGUGUGCGCGUUACGACGGUAGCUCGCAACUGGGGCGACGCCGCAGUGAACCUGCCGCACAUCGCGGCCGGGUUCGACCAGGAGGCCGCGGCCGUGGUGAUGGCGCGCCUCGUGGUGUACCGCGCCGAGCAGGAGGACGGGCCCGACGUGCUGCGCUGGCUCGACCGCAUGCUGAUCCGGCUGUGUCAAAAGUUCGGCGAGUACGCGAAGGAUGACCCGAACAGCUUCCGACUUUCAGAGAACUUCAGCCUGUACCCGCAGUUCAUGUACCAUCUGCGUCGCUCUCAGUUCCUGCAGGUCUUCAACAACUCUCCUGAUGAGACCACAUUCUACAGGCACAUGCUAAUGCGCGAGGAUCUGACCCAAUCGCUGAUCAUGAUCCAGCCGAUCCUGUACUCGUACAGUUUCGGUGGUCCGCCUGAACCAGUCCUGCUGGACACUUCCUCCAUCCAGCCCGAUCACAUCCUGCUCAUGGAUACAUUCUUCCAGAUCCUCAUAUACCACGGCGAGACGAUAGCGCAAUGGCGCGCACUCCGCUACCAAGACAUGCCGGAGUACGAGAGCUUCGCGCAACUGCUGCGGGCGCCCGUCGACGACGCGCAGGAGAUCCUGCAGAGCCGCUUCCCCGUGCCGCGGUACAUCGACACCGAGCACGGAGGCUCCCAGGCCCGUUUCCUGCUGUCGAAAGUCAACCCGUCUCAGACACAUAACAACAUGUACGCGUAUGGAGGGGCGAUGCCGAUGCCGUCAGCGGAUGGUGGCGCCCCCGUGCUGACGGACGACGUGUCGCUGCAAGUCUUCAUGGAGCACCUGAAGAAGCUGGCCGUGUCCUCCACCGCCUAGUCGACGUCCCACCUUGUAGGAUAGGCAGGUCUUUAGGGCACCCGGUUAUGCCUGGCAGUACAUCUCUCACACAGAAGCUAUCUUACCGGCCUAGAAGUGAUAUUCGUUGAGGCUACGUGGCGAAAUGUACGCAACUACGAUGCGUAGUGUGAACGAUUGUACUUUAGGCUAUAGAUCCUGGUCUGGUCUGGUUGGUUUAGGCCGAAAAUACACUAUUAUAUGUUUAUCAUAUAUAUUUGAUUGUAGGUCUGUAUGCCCCCCUUUUUCUCCAACGUGAAGAAAAAGGACGGCAUGUUGCCUAUGAUCAUAUUUUUAUGAUAAACAUAUGAUAGUGAACUAUCGGCCUUAGUGGUAGAGGAGAAGUGUCAUUAAGGAGCCAGAUUUUGAGAGCCCCUUGCAUGAUUUUAGUAUAUAGAAUUUCUGAAUGACUUCUGUAUAUAGAAAGUGAGAGGUAACGGUAUAUCGCUACAGUCAUUUAAAAAAUUAAAGCUUGUAUACAGCUUGGUCAGAAAUUACCAAUACAAUUGGUUCUUUCAAAACCUUGCUCUCUUUUACCACUUUCUUCCUUACAUAAAGAAUGUGUGCAAAUUUGUUACUGUUGGGACAAUACUUAGAAGAUUUUAUUUAACCAAACAUCAUCCGUCAACACCUCGCUCUUCUUUCCAAGAUCGCCGCUAGUUAAGUUAAAUUUUGUAUUCUCCAUUAUAAAUUAAAACAAAUGUUUAUGAAAUGAUUAAAUUAUUUAUUUUAAGAAAAAAUA